UCUUGCCUUGAUAAGGGUACUGUACGAGUACCGAAACGUUGGGAGCGGAAGGACAGCGCAAAGAUGCCCGACAGCCGCUGGAAAAAUGAUAGUCAGUGUCUGACUUAUCGGAAGUAUGAUAUUGUUACACCUCUCUUCGAAGCAGCUGAAAAUGGAGACGAAGAAAAAAUUAAACACUUGUUAGAUAGAAAAGUUGAUAUUAACACGAAAAUGAAGGGCAAAACCAUUCUACAUGUUGCAGCUUCAAACGGACAUGAAAAAAUAGUUGAUAUUCUCUGUAGAUGUAGAGCUGACAUCAAUCAGCAAGAUUACGAUGGUUUGACUCCUCUUUGUACUGCAGUUUCUAAAAAUCAUGUAGAAGCGGUCAAGGUUCUUCUGAAUUAUGGAGCUAGCACGAUAGGGUCCUUCAGAAUGGCUCUUAAUCUUAGGUUUAAAAAUAUGGCAUUAAUUCUUAUUAAAUACGGGACUUUACACGACAUUUGCGAAUCGCGUUGCUCUGAUUCCGAGUUUUUGGACGAAUUCUUAAACAUUUUAUUGAGUACUGGUAAUGUUAAUGUUAAUGCUAGUGUCACUGGAAGUAUAUGGCUUUUUGGCUUUGAUAAAUGUCUAACGCCUCUUCAUUUGGCUGUCGGCAGUGGGAAGGUAAGUAUAGUCACGAAACUCAUUGAUUUUGGGGCAGAUGUUAAUAGAAAAUCAGAGGCAAAAAUGACUCCCUUACAUUUAGCAGUUUUUAACAAAAAUGUGAGCAUGACAGAAUGUCUUUUAAACAAUGGUGCAGACGUCAAUUGCACUACUAGUUCUGGCGAUACAUCAUUAAUUUUUAUCGCGAAAGAAGCAUCAAUUAUAAGAAAUAAUGAUCCCCGUUCACACGAAAAGUUUGUAGAUUUCGUGAGAAUAACUAAAAUGCUCUUGAAGAAAGGAGCUUCUGUUAAUUAUCAUGAUGAGUUUCAAGGGUUUACACCGCUCCAUUAUGCUGCUAGCAUAAAUGAAUUUCUCCCAGAAAUAGUUAGGCUCCUCCUUGAUUAUGGCGCUGAUGUGAAUGCUGUUGAUAGGAAAGAUGCCACACCAAUCUUCUAUGCACGUAAUGAGAUGAUUCUUGAAAUUCUCAUUAAUAGUGGAGCGAAUGUAAACUAUGUAUCUACAUCGGAAACAUUUUUUACACCUCUUUCUGAGAAGAUUAUAAACAGUUCAUUAGGCUGUGUAGAAGUUCUUUUAAAGAAUGGUGCCGAUAUAAAUAUUAGAAACUCCGAUGGGAAAACCGUAGUGGAAACUCGAAGCCAUUGGACUUACAAAAAUAUUGAAAUCCUUGAAACCAUAAUUAAUCACAUGUCAGAUAUCAAUUCUGCAAUUCUUCAUCUUGGAUGUUUGUCUUAUUACUAUCCCAAAUUGAUUAGAAAUUUGGCUGCCAUGAUUGUCAAGAGAAAAGUUACGCAGGAAAUCAACAUCGAUUUAGAAUUUUUUGAUUCCUAUGAUUCAGAUAAUCGAUACGAGUAUAUUUGUACAAUAAUUCCUAUGUGUGAAGUGGAAAUUUAUCGAAUGAAAAAAAGGAAGGUUAAUAUUCAUAAUUUAAAUUUCUUCGAUAUUUUAGAUAUGCCGAUCAAUAGGCUUUUGAAUUAUGUAGAAAGGGAACAAAUACGGAAACUUGAGUCUGAUAAUAUUGAGAAAGAGUUCCCUCUUUAUGCUCAGAUGUUGCAGUGGCACAUUAAACAGGCAAAAACCCGAAGAUCUUUAAUUGAUUCAAGUGCAGAAGCUUUCAAGAAAUUAAUCUUUCAGAUUCGUAAGAUAAAAUUGCCAGAUUUAAUUGUUUACGAAAUAGUUCCAUUGUUAGGUAAUGAGCACUUAACUCUUUUGGCAAAAGUAUAAAUUUCUAUACUUGGUAAACAAGUUAAUUUUUUUUAUAAAUAUGAGAUGGCGUUAUUAAUUCUUUCUGCUAGAAAAUAUUUUACCUAAAUCUUAUAUGCUUAUAACUAGAGUGACACGCUGACAACUACUUUUUAUACAUCCUUUUUUGUAUUUCUCUUUUCAUAAGGAAUUGAAAUAAAAUUAUUAUUUAUUCACUGAUAGAUUUCUGUCCUUUAAAAACACAGUCUCGCAGCAACAACAAGAUUAAAUCCAAGGGUUACAAACUUUUGAACAGGCUGCUUGAAGUCUCCAUUGAUCACUAAUUAUGGUGGAUUCACUUUAAACUCUUCACGUUGUCAGCUUUGAUGUAUUUAAUUUUUUAACUUCAAUAACAAGACAGCCCUUAAAAAAUUAAUUUUUUUGUACCUAAAGACUGCACUAGAUGACGCCGAAGAAAAUUGAUGCCAUAAAAACAAAUCCGUUAAUCAAAUGUUUCCUAUAAGCGAGCAUUUCGAGAUAACUUAACCUAAACGUGAAAAAAUAGUCGAUUUCAGCCAUAUUUGAAACAAUAUAACAUGACCAGCGAUGUUUUAUUUAAAAUGAUUGUGCCAUCGUGCACAUAUCACAUCACCUCGUCUUAGAGUAUUGAAACUUAAUAUUCCCCCAUGCGGGGCUCUGCGGGAACGUACCAUAUAGGCGGUAUUGAAGGGUUCGUACAACUGACAACCCUAUUGCCUGCAUCGACUCCAAUC